GGCCCCUUCCCUUUAAGGGAAAUAAAUCCGGCUGGCGGGCGCGGCCUGGGCGGGGCGUGCGGCGUGUCCCUCCGCAGGCGUGUCCCUCUGCGGGCGCGGCCGGAGACUCGGCGAGGCGGGAGUCGGAUCCGGACGGCCAGCACAGGUUCUCUCUCUGCUCCUGUUCUGAGAAUCAAGUGCCACUAAGAUGUCAAACCCAUUCCUGAAACAAGUGUUCAACAAGGACAAGACAUUCAGGCCCAAACGCAAGUUCGAGCCUGGCACGCAGCGCUUCGAGCUACACAAGCGCGCGCAGGCAUCUCUGAACGCGGGGCUGGACCUGCGGCUGGCUGUGCAGCUGCCGCCGGGCGAGGAUCUCAACGACUGGGUGGCCGUGCACGUGGUGGACUUCUUCAACCGCGUCAACCUCAUCUACGGUACCAUCAGCGAUGGCUGUACCGAGCAGUCGUGUCCGGUCAUGUCCGGGGGCCCCAAGUACGAGUACCGCUGGCAGGACGAGCAGCGCUACCGGAAGCCCACAGCGCUGUCCGCACCCCGCUACAUGGACCUGCUUAUGGACUGGAUCGAGGUGCAAAUCAACAACGAGGACCUUUUCCCCACUAAUGUUGGCACACCGUUUCCCAAGACCUUCCUGCAGGCAGUGCGCAAGAUCCUGUCGCGGCUCUUCCGCGUGUUCGUGCACGUGUACAUCCACCAUUUCGACCGCAUCGCACAGAUGGGCUCCGAGGCGCACGUGAACACCUGCUAUAAGCACUUCUACUACUUCGUCACCGAGUUCAGCCUCAUUGACCCCAAAGAGCUGGAGCCCCUGGUGAGCUGGGGAUGGGGCUCCUGCCUCCUGCCUGGGUGGGAUCGAGGGUGUCCUCAGCCAGAGGGUGUCCUCAGCAUUGGGUCACACAGGUGGGGAGACAGAGUGUCAUGGCUCUAGUUGGCCUUACCUGUGUGAGAGGGCACAGGGCCUGGUACCCACAGGCUCUCUGCUCCCCGUGUUAGUAAGGGUCAGGUACUAAUGGCGGGCAUCUUCACAUAGCCUGCCCAGCACGCCCGCCCUCCAGACACAAAAGUCCUGGAUGUUCUAGGGCCAUGUUGGCUAUCUCAUCUGUGUGACUCACAGAGGGCACAGAGCCGACUGGGGGGCGGGGGCACUGGCCUGCACCUCUGAGCAUCCCCGAGUUUCCAGACAGCAGACGGCCUGGGCUCCACCUCCUAGAGAACACGCGGUGGCUGGCUGACUGACUGAUGGCUGGAUGGAUUUUUUCUGAUUUUAUCCUUUUCCAUUCUGUGACCUAGACUGGCCUAUGGUUCACCACAUAGUUUAUACGAGCUGGGAACCUGAGGUGAUCCUCCUGCCUCAGACUCCAAGGCUUGGGUCAUAGGUCUGCGCCAUCUGCUUAAAAUGUUUGUCCUUCUUUUUUUCCUUUUCUUUCUUUAAAAACAAAAAACAAAAAACUUACUUGCCUCUUUGUUUGUUUUGUAAGGCCAGGGUUUCUCCAUGUAGCCCUGGCUGUCCUGGAACUGACUUUGUAGACUGGGCUGGCUUUGAACUCAGAUCUGCCUUCCUCUUCCUCCUAGCGCUGGGACUAAAGACAUGGCUUGGCUUGUUUAAUUUUAUUUUCUGUAGGGUGUUCCUUGCAUGUCUGCACUUGGUCUGCUUCAGAGCAGCUCUACUCAGACCUGCUGAGCCGUCGCUCCUGCCUUGUGCCCUUUCUUUUUAACUUUCAGUUGUAUUACAUUUUGUUUCUCUGGGCUGUAUAUUUCUAUGUGUGAACAUGGCCGACAUGGCAUGCGCCUGAAGGUUGCAGGCCACAGGAAAACUUGCAAGUCUCCAUUCUACGGACCUGGGGUUUGAACCUGGGUAGUCAGGUUUGGCCACACUCACCCUUAUCCCCUGAGUCAUCGUGUCAGCCCCGUGGGCUGCUUUUGUAGUUGUUUUAAGACAGAAUCUCAUGAAGCCUAGGCUGGCCUAGAACUCAUGAUCCCCCUGCCCCUCCUCCUGAGCAAUGCCAUGACAGAUGUGCCACCGCUCCUGGCUCCUACAGACAGAAGUGUGUCCACUUCCCACUGCUGACCUUCCUACUAAGUAGUGUCGGCCCGUGACCCAGGACAUCACAGCACAUCACCCAAAUCAGUGGCACAGGCUGUCUGACCAUGACAGGGCUCCCCACCUGUGCCCGCCGUUCAGUGUCUGCCAUGUCUUGGGUUAUGCGAGGCCUUUGCCUCGUGCCUCCUGUUUCCUGAUGCCUGUCUCUACAGAAGGAGAUGACAUCGCGGAUGUGUCACUGAGGGCCCCUCCUGGCUGCGGAGACUCGAGGAGACAGCUCUGUGCUGCAGUUUCUCAGGAGCAUUCCACCCUCAUGCCAUCGUCCGAGGAGCAACGAGGCCAUGGCUUCCGCCCUCUCGUGGUGACUGUGAGCUCUUGGACUCUAACCGGUCCCCUUGCCAGCAGCCAGGGGCUGAACUUGAAUUCUGGACACUGUGCUUUCAGCCCCUGGGUUUACACUGUGUUUGUACCAUGGCCUCUGGCAGGAGGCGGGGUCUGGAGACAUUGCUAACCACCCCUUGUCCCUUCCCCUUACACGUGCCGGCCUGGUCUCUGUUUACAGCCACAUUGUGUGAGUGACCACAUAGGCAGCCGGCCAGCGUACCUCCAGAGAUGUGCUAAUGUGCCAUGCCCUGCCCUGCCCAGCCCUGCCGAGGAAUUGUGGGGCUUUUCUGAGUGCCACCCUCUCUGGCACCCCAGGACUCCCAGGAUUGGGUGUUCUGAGGAGCCUUUGCCUGUCAGAAUGUACACACCUGUGAUCCCAGAACUCUGCAGGCAGCUGCAGGAGGAUGGCUGCAACCCUGACCUCCACAAUGGGCAUCAGGCCAACCAGGGUCCCAGAACAAGAUUGUCUUAAAAACUGUGAAGGAGCCAGGCAGGGUGGCAGCCACCUUCAAUCCUACUGCUCAGGAGACAGAGGCAGGUGAAUCUGUGAGUUCGAGUCCAGCCUGAUCUACAGAGCAAGUCCAGGGCAGCCAGGGCUACACAGUGAGACCCUCAAACAAAAACAAAACACGAAACAGAAAUGGUAACACAGGGAGGUGUUGGCUGCCUGAGUGUGAGUACACAGGUGUGACCCCCCCACACCCCUGAAGGAGCCUUGGUGGCAGACAUGGGGUGCAGGGGGCUGAGAGGGAGAACCAGGCAGCUGCAGUCCAGCCCAGCAGGCAGCUGCACAGAUGCACACACAGAGCGGCUCUGCUGUGUCUCUGUUUUUACAUUGUUGGUUUGGGUUUUGAAACUGGUCUGGAACUCACAGAGAUCCUCCUGCCUCUGCAUCCCUACUGCUCAGUUAAAGAUGUAAGACACCAAACCCAGUCCAUUCAGAAACAUUUUUUGAUUUUUUGGUUUUGUUUUUCUUUGUUGUUUUUUGUUUUGUUUUGUUGGUGUUUUUGAGACAGGCUCUCACUGUGUAUCCCUGGCUGUCCUGGAAAUUAUUUUGUAGACCAGGCUAGCCUCCAGCUCAUAGAGAUCCGCCUGCCUCUGCCUCCCAAGUGCAAGCCAGCCCAACUUUUAACUGGUUUCUAAUGGCCGCCCUCCUGAGAACAGUGUUGGGCCCAUCCUGGAAUCCAGUGAUGAACUCACAUGUGGCUUCCACCCUGGCAUCUGUGGUGCCUGGAAGGUGGCAACAGGGACCUUUCUCUCUUCAGUGGCAGCCUAUCCUGUAGCAAAACUUCAUCUGUCGUGUGGCUCCUGUGGGCCCCUCUCUGCCAUAUCAUGGAGGGUGUAGCAAGAUGUGACUGUCCCCAGCUCCAGCUUUGAGCCUCUUGGCCCUUCCCUGAAACCCUUGGGUCUUUCCAGAAGUUACCACAUCCAAUGCCCAGCUCUGGAAAAACCCAGGACCAGCCCUCAAGGCUUGACUGAAUGUAUCUCUCACUGCAAGACUUGGCCACCAUGCUGAAUCCCAGCAGCCCACACAGCAACCCAGGGAGGGGUCCACCUGCCUCACUCCCACCUCCAUACAAGCCUAGAAUAAAGUGGUCCUCUCCAUA